UGGAGUUUGGUGGUGUUACUUUUCUUUCUUUUGUGUUGUAAGUUAAAUAUUAAUUUUGGAUCAAUGUUGAAUCGUUCACUCUUAUUGUACCCUCUCCAAAGUUCGUGUUUUUUAAACAUGGUGCCUCAGUAGCCCGAGUAUUUGUUUCGCCAUUCAUAUAGAAUUUUCUGUGUUCGUUGAUCACGGUGAACCACGAGUCAUUGCUGUUGAAAUACGAAUUCAAAGUCGUUCUAACCAGUCGGGCUCGUUUAUUUUACCUGAAAGAUUCGUGUUUUAUUUAACAUCGUGCCUUAGUGUUCUUAAUCUUCGCCAAUUCAUUUGGAAUUAGUGUUCAGUGAUGAGCUUCAUUACAGCCAUUCAGGUGCAUCGGCACAUUUAUCUUUUUUGUAAGUUCCUGUGAAGAUAUUUUUAUCUUCAUCACAUAUCCAGCAGUUCCCAGCAAUAUAAUUGGUGGAUCUCAUUGAAGAAAUCAGGGAUUUAGAAACUACGGGAUCUCAGGAUGUAACACAGGAUUCCAAACGGAUCAAUCGGAAGCAGCAGAGUACGCGUAUGAAAAAGCACGCAGCCAUCCUCAAGACAGACUUUCAGAAAUCGCAAUCCUUUUCAAUAUUAUUGACAGUGUCCAGGAAUUCCAUAUUUCGUCGUUUUCCUGACGAAAUUUUGUUCGUCAGCACUAUUUCCCCCAAGUUUCGAAGUUCUUUCGUCCAGGAUCCCUGAUGGAGCAACCUGAAGCGAAGUUCACUUCCGGAGGAGCACUCACCAUUCCUCAAGACAGAAUUCCAGGAAUCGCUCAAGACAGAAUUCCAGGAAUAGCUCAAGACGGAAUUCCAGGAAUCGCAUUUUGCGUGACAAGUGAAGAGGAUUCAAAGGACACCAUCCUGGAGGCUAGUCCCUUCGUAUUCAUUAAGUGUGAAGUAACUGAGCCGGGAGCAGAAUCUGUAUUUGACACGGAGUUCACCGCUCAUACACACGCCUUCAAAGAUGAAUUUGCAACUUCUCCAAGUGGAGAAAAAACCUUAAUCACACAGCCACAAAGAGACGUAUUUUCUCCCGAUUCUCUCAUCGCUCUUUCUACCAGGAUAAAAUCCGAAGAAGAUGAAGAAAAUGAAAAUUGGACUCACCAGCUACAUACCAGUAUCGAUAUUAAGAACGGAGACCCUCUGAAUACUGAUCAACUUGAAAAUACUCCCGUCGGAAAAGAAAGCGGACACGAUUUGGAAAACGAGUUUUCCAAUCGUAUCCCAAUCACACCCUGGGUAAUGCUAGAAAGCGUUUUGAAUUUAUCUCAAAACCCAUUGGAAAAGACACUCGAAGGAAAAUCAAAAUCUGUUGUUCAAAGCGAGACCAACAGGAGCCCUCCGAUGACCCCGUUCCACGCAGACUUCGUGUCGAUCAGAGAUGAUGCUCAGAUAAAAAACAAGCCGUACAGUUGCACUCAGUGCUCGGCCUGUUUUGCUCGCAAAAGUUCUUUGAAGACACACAUUCGAAUCCAUACCGGGGAGCUACCGUUUAGUUGCAGUCAUUGCCCCGCUGCUUUCGCACAAAAAUCUCGUUUCAAGCAACAUAUCCGAAGGCAUACCGGCGAGAGACCAUUCAGUUGCAACCAUUGCUCCGCCCGCUUCGCCCAGAAAGGUAGCUUAAUACCACACUUGCGAAGACAUACCGGUGAAAAACCAUUCGGUUGCAGCCACUGCUCCGCUUGCUUCGUCAAGAAAAGCGAUUUAAGCAGACAUGUGCGAACGCAUACCGGCGAGAAACCAUUCAGUUGCAGUCAGUGCUCAGCCACUUUCAUUCGGAGAGAUACUUUGAAUGAACAUGUGCGAACGCAUACCGGCGAGAAACCGUGCAGUUGCAAUCAGUGCUCCGCCACAUUUACCAAGAAGGGUGAUUUAUUGAGACAUAUUCGAACGCAUACCGGCGAGAAACUAUUCAGUUGCAGCCAGUGCUCCGCCUGUUUCAUCAAAAACCAGGAUUUAACGAGACAUGCCCGAACGCAUGCCAGAGAAAGAUCAUUCUGUUGCGAUCUUUGCUCCUCCUCUUUUGUUAAAAAAUCUCAUUUGGAUAAGCACAUGCGAAUACACACCGUCGAGAAACCAUUCAGUUGCAAUCUUUGCUCCUCCUCUUUUGUCAAAAAACCUCAUUUGGAUAAACACAUGCGAAUACACCACGGCGAGAAACCAUUCAGUUGCAAUCUUUGCUCCUCCUCUUUUUUUCAAAAAUCUCAUUUGGGUAAACACAUGCGAAUACACACCGGCGAGAAACCGUUCAGUUGCAGCCAUUGUUCUGCCUCGUUCACCAUGAAAUGUAAUUUAACGAUGCACAUCCGAACGCACACUGGCGAGAAGCCAUUCAGUUGCUGCCAUUGCCUCGCCUCCUUCGUUCGGAAAGAGCAUUUAAUACACCACAUUCGCACACAUACCGGCGAGAAACCAUUUAGUUGCGGCCAUUGCUCCGCCUGUUUUGCCCAUAAAAGGUCCUUAAUGGUACACGCUCGGAAGCACACUGGUGAAAAACCAUUCAGUUGCAGUCAGUGCUCUUGUUCUUUUAAUCGAAGAGAGCAUUUGAAGGAACAUGCCCGAACGCAUACGAGUGAGAGACCGUUCAUUUGCAGUCGUUGCCCUUCCGCUUUUAGCCUGAAAGCUCUUCUGAAGGAACAUAUGCGAACGCAUAUCGGGGAGAAACCGUUCAGCUGCAGUCUUUGCUCCUCCGCUUUCCGCAAAAAAACCGAUUUGGAGAGCCACAUCCGAACGCAUACGGCUGAGAAACUAUUCAGCUGCAAGCAUUGCGUGGCGUCUUUCAUGCAUAAGGGCGGUUUGAAGCGACAUCUCCGCAUGCAUGGCGAGAGACCGUUCAGCUGCAGCAUUUGCUCCUUGUCUUUCCACAAGCAAAGUAUUUUAGAGAUACAUGUCCGGACGCAUAAUCUGGUGGAGAAGCGAUUCAGGUGCAAGCACUGCUCGGCGGCUUACAUGCAUAAACAUAGUUUGAAGAAACAUCUCCUAACAAAUCCCGGGUGCCAAACGGUCAAUUCCACAGCGCCCGCCCCGCAGUCACUCUCAGCUGAGAGAAUAGUCGAGGAAAGUCAAUCCAAGGGUCCAAGUGAAGCCACUAUACCACAAACGAGUCCGGAGGUCGAUGAUGAAGCAAUCGUCGAGCUAGAAUGGACUCCCGAUGAUCCACGCAGCCAGACUCCUGAAGGUAACGUAGCUGAUGCCACCAAUCACCGCGUCUCAAGAAGGGAUGCGUCUCUCUGCGAAGCACUUGAUUCCGAAGAAAUGCCCGAACCAAAUUUCCCUUCCCAAAUUUCGAGUCCAAAAAAAGAAGAGCUGGACGAGAGGAAUGAUAGUUCUGCAGACCCCUUGCUAACCAGCAUUUGGAUCAAAGAUGAGACCUCUUAGCACAUACCAGAAAACGGAUCUUGGGGUUUUUAUGUGGAAACGGGCUAUGGCAAGACUAGAGUGCCUUUAUAGGGAGAGUUUAGACAACUCGAUUUAUGUAGCUCCUAGGGCCCAAAAGGGCGACAACGUGAAAAACGAAUAUCACCAGAAAAGUGCCGCUGCCAACAUAUAUGUUUAAAAUAUUAAUCAAUAGGGCCGACAGCGCAUCGAAAACAAGCGUAUUUAAAGGAUUCAGACUUUGAAACUGAGAAAAUUCUUGCGAAAUUAAAGUUGUUUACAUGCUUUUAUAAUUUUUGAUCAGUGUACCUGCUCUCGCAGUUUAAAUUAGAACCACUGGAUAAUUCGAGCUUAUAGGUUGGCUACCAUUUUGGGCCCCAAGAGCUACAUGAUCUGAUCAAACCUAACCUCCAAAUUUUCGAGUUGUCCAUACUCUUCUUAUUAAGGUACUCUAGGCAGAGUGGAGUGCGCAUUAAAAGCCUGGAAAUUGCGACCAAGACAGAAACAAAACGGUGAAAAACAUUCCCCUGUCCGAGCUACGCGCCGUCAAUGACAGCACUUUGCGUUCACAUUGUCUCUUUGUUUGAACGUCUGUGCAUUGUCUGCUGUGUAGGAGGUCAAUGCCGACGUUGACGAUUUAUUUUUAGUUUUUUAGUCCAUUACUCAGGUUUUUUCAAUUUUUUUUGAAAUUUUUUUUAACAUUAUUGACACUUGUUAUUUCGCCAUGCGCAGCGUGCUAUUUAGGAGUAAACUUCGAGUUAAACUAAUCUUGCACUUCAUCUUGACUUGGAGUGGCCGGUCAUCAUUUUUUGAGGAAGCGACUUGAUGCGAGUUUUCUUUCUCCCAAGAACAUCUAAGGAAAUUUUAGUUUAUCGCGAACUCCCUUCGGGUUCUACAAUUACGCUAUUUAAUUAUAAAAGUGUGUGAAAGAUUUAAGAUUUUGAGUCGCUUCCCAGAGUCACCCCACGAUUUUAUCUAAGCUCCAAGUAUGAACAAGUCGCAAGUGCCUGUCAUCAUAUCCCAUGUAGCAGAAUUUCAAGAUUGAUAGGGAUAAAUUGACGGUGCAAGUCGGCAAUCACAUAACUCGGUUUGCGACGUCGCAGACUUCCAAUCAUUCUUAAUUUUUUAAAUGGAAAACUA